GAGUGAGGGGAGCGCGCUGAGCCGUUACCGGCCGCAACCGUCGCCUCGCGCCAUGGCCCACAAGCAGAUCUACUACUCCGAUAAGUACUUCGACGAGCAGUACGAGUACCGACAUGUGAUGCUGCCAAGAGAGCUUUCAAAACAAGUACCAAAAACCCAUCUGAUGUCUGAAGAGGAAUGGAGACGACUUGGUGUUCAACAAAGCCUUGGCUGGGUUCAUUAUAUGAUACAUGAACCAGAACCACAUAUUCUUCUCUUCAGAAGACCUCUUCCAAAGGAUGAGCAAAAAUGAGUGACCUUCUAAAAAUCUUCUCCUAAAUCUUCUUCUGGAACUAUAUGUAUAUGAGUGUAUAUAUGUUGGUAGUAUUCAGUGAAUACUUGAAAAUGUACAAAACAUACAUCAAAUACCUGUGCAUGAGCUGUAUUAUUCACAGCAACAAAGCUCAGUCAAAUGCAAUUCCAAGUAGGCUGCUAUGGUGUUCAAAGAUUAAUGAAAAUUUCUUUACUGUUAAUGUAAGUGCCUAUUUGACUUUUCUUGGAUUUUUUUCUUUGUUUAUUAAAGUUUACAUGUUGCAUGUUCUAACUAAAUGAUCACUUUUUCCAUGUGUUCAAGAACUUUCACACUGAGCUUUUCUGCUAAACA